CCCCUACCCCAGAGAGAGAAAGAGCUUGGCAGUAGGACACACACUGCGCACAAAUGUGGGUGCCGAAGUUGCUUUGAGCCAUGCUGGUGUUGCUUCUCGUGGAGCCCUGGAGUACAGGCUAUCAUCAUCCCUAUCAUCAUUCACCCAAGCUGAGGAAGAUGCAACGGCCCCAAGGAGCCAGGCUGCACUUCUGAACGAUUCAGAGAGGACUUGGAAAGUGUGCUAACACACAGAGAUCUACAGCUACACCCUCAAUCACACAGACACUCUUAGACUGCCCUCCACAAAUCCUCGAUACAGAGAAGACCAAGCUUGGACGGACCUGAAAAGGCAAAGACUGAGCAGUCAGGAGUUGUGUACCACACCAACAUGGCAGCUGAAAGUCUUGCUGAGCUCCGUGACUGGCUCUUCCUGCUUCUUCUUUGCCUCACUUUACUGGCUGAAGUGCUGGAACUGGCAGCAGCGGCGAUUGCGAUGGAGACCGGCGAGGGAGAUGAGGGUAUUAUCUGUCCCUCUGUGUGCCGCUGCGAUGAGGGUUUCGUCUACUGCAACGACCGUGGCCUCAGCAUAAUACCUCCUCUGCCGUUAAUGGCGGCCAUCCUCUACUUGCAGAGCAAUCGGCUGAGUAACGCUGGGCUACCCCCCUCACUGGAACGCAGUACUUCUAUACGAGUAAUAUACCUGUAUGCAAACCAGCUGGAUGAAUUCCCUGUACACCUCCCGCCUUCGUUAAGGGAACUUCAUUUGCAGGAUAAUAACAUACGAACGUUACCGAGAUCAGCUCUGGCCAAGUUACCGCUACUAGAACGAUUACACCUGGAUGAUAACUCAAUAUCAACAGUUAGCAUCCAGGAGCGAGCUUUUUCAGGGACUCCACGGCUCAGACUGUUGUUUCUGUCUCGGAACCACCUGUCGAGCAUCCCUGCAGGCUUGCCAGCAUCAUUGGAGGAGUUGAGAUUAGACGACAACAGAAUCAGCACCAUCCCCACGCAUGCUUUCCGUGGGCUUUCCUCCCUGCGACGCCUGGUCCUCGAUGGAAACCUGUUGGCCAACACACGGAUUGCAGAUGACACCUUUUCCCGUCUAGCAAAUCUGACUGAGCUCUCACUGGUCAGGAAUGCGCUGCAGUCCCCACCAGCUAACCUUCCUUCAGCUCACCUUGUGCGACUUCAUUUACAAGACAACGGAAUGACCCACAUACCUCGAGGGGCCCUGGAUGGGAUGCGGAGGCUGCAGAAGCUAGAUCUGUCAGGAAACAAUCUGACCAGCCUUCCACGAGGACUUCUAAAGGACACUGAAAGCCUGGAGCUGCUACUGCUGCGGGGAAACCCCUGGUACUGUGGCUGCAACCUUCGCUGGCUCCACGCCUGGCUGCACAGCCGUGGGGCAGCAGUGACUGUUAGGGGUCUGACCUGCGUGGGUCCUGAGCCUGUAAGAGGCCAACUCCUGAGGGAUCUGACCUCUCUGAUGGAGCAGUGUGAAGGCCCCCCUGCAGGUCCCAGUACUGGAAUGGGGAUGAACCCAGUAGAAAAAGAUGGAGGAGUAGAAGAUGGUGUUGGAGGAGGCCAAGCAGUGGCUUCAGUCCCUCAUGGUAUCACCACCACCAGCUCCCUGUUGGUACCCACACAAGGUUCCCUCUUUACCCUGCGGGCUAAACGGCCAGGACUUGUUAUGCCUCUGCCUCCAGGUGAAGGGGGACAGGUAUCUGGAGAGGCCCUGGAGCUGACUGUAAAACCCCUCUCUUCGGACAGUGUACUAGUGAGCUGGUUGUGCCCACAGCCAGCACCCUCCUUCCGCCUAUCAUGGCUCAGGCUGGGUAGCAGUGCAGCGCUUGGUUCCAUAACAGAAACUCUAGUACCUGGAGAGAGAAGGCAAUACCUGCUUACCCAGCUCACCCCACGCUCCCAUUACCUCAUCUGCUUGCUGCCUCUCCGACAGGAGUCCUCCUUUGGGGGGUCCAGCAUGGGUUCAUCUCGAAGUGGUAGCAUGGACACUGACAGUAAAGUCUCAACCCCAGCCUGUGCACAGAUAGAGACUGGAGAUGCCCUGGCCAGCUCAGGAGGGGACGGUUCAGACAGAGAGGGCCAGGACUCUGAACUAACAGCCCUGCCACUGGCGGGUAUCAUAGGGGGUGCCACAGCAUUGGUUAGCCUGCUCUUAAUCUUUGGCAUCUUCUGCUGGUAUGGACAGAGGGCAGGGUACAUGUCCGGGGACUCCAGCUCGUUCAACAGGGGCAGAGGUGGAAAGCAUUAUGAUGACUAUGUAGAGUCAGGCACCAAGAAAGACACUUCUAUCUUGGAGAUCAGGGCCCCUCCAGCAGGGUUUCAGAUGACAGCUAUGGCCCAUCAGCCCCUCCAGUCAAGGCUGGAGGACGUCACCUACAUCCACACCAUUUUCCCCUCCUCUUCUUCGUCCUCCCAAGCUAAUGGGACCUACCGGAGCAGCCACGGAGCUGGCAGCCUCAAUGGCACCAUCCUCAGCCAAACCAGCCACCAUCACGUCACUUACGGUACUAACCGUGGCUACAGAGAGGGCGGCAUCCCCGACAUAGAUUACGCCUACACGUGAUGAUACAGGGACACAUUCCCCAAGCCACAAAUGCCAGGCGCCGUGAUGAGCCAGUGGCUGGUGGUCAUUUUGUCCUUGGUUUCCAAAGUACCCUCUGUGCCUCUGCUGGUUCAAUUCUGAUUGGUUUGCUAGGUAGAAAAGACUCAGCUAUGUUGAUUGGACUUUGCUAUUGAGUGACAGAUGUAACGGUCCUACUAUACUUCUACUGUGUUCUACAUUAUACAGUAGACUCUUCUUUCAGCGCUUCAUUAUAAAUGGUUACGUUUUCUCUUUUGGAUAUCUCAGUGUCUUUCAAACCUACUGUUCUCAGAUCAUAAUAAUACACAGUAACUUAUUUGAGGUUGAUAUACUAGGCUUAGCUGAUUUAGCAGGAGAUAUAUUUAUAAUACGAGGAAAAGGCACUUGAUGUGUAUAGAGAUAGCUCUCAUAUCUUCCUACCAACUGUAAGCUCUGUGCUGUGUAGAUAAAAGGGAUGACAGGGGAAGAAAUCAAUGGUUGUUAUAACCCACAGAUGACAAUGCAUCAUGGUUGACAUGAAAAGAUGUGUUUCUAUCCCCCUCCUCUCCCUCUAGUUUGCCCCCCUCCUUUUUAAUUUUUUCCUCCUUUCCGCCUUUUUUUUUUGUGAGCCUCUUUCUUUUUAUUUCUCUCGUCUUUUGUGGUGCCUUGAGCAGAGGACGACUUUGUUCUCGCCGAGGGAGCUGACAGCAGUGAUAACAGUUCUGACAGAGACGGGAGACACAAACCACAGCAUAGGGAGACUAAUGAGAGGGGGAAAGAGAGCGAGAGAGUGGGGAGCUGAUGGAUAGAUGGAUAGAUAGAACAUAAAAGAAGACAGAGGGGGGAGAAAGAGCGAGAAAAAA